AUGGAAAAGAUUGUGAUUAUAGGAAGUGGACCUGCUGCCUACAAUGCAGCGCUGUAUGCGAUGAGCAAAAACCCGCUACUUUUUGAAGGGGGGUAUAUAGGAAACAAUGGGCCUGGAGGGCAACUCACCACAACAACUGCAGUGGACAACUAUCCUGGAUUUCCCGACGGAGUAGAGGGCCCCAUACUUACUGGGCUGAUGAAGGAGCAUGCAGUCUCGCAGGGGCUCCGGGUUGCCAAGGAGACGAUUAGCGACGUAAGAAAGGAGGGAGAAAUGUUUGUGGUUGUUAGCGAGAAAGGAGAGUACCGUGCAGAGGCUGUGAUUGUUGCGACAGGGGCCUCGGCAAGGCGUCUUUUUGUUCCUGGGACUGGAGAUGACGAGUUUUGGCAAAAGGGGGUGAGCUCGUGUGCCGUGUGCGACGGAUUUAUCUAUAUGAACAAGAUAGUAUGUGUGGUUGGGGGAGGAGAUGCAGCCAUGGAGGAGGCGCUCUAUCUAUCAAGGAUUGCCAAGAAGGUUUACAUCAUCCACAGGAGGAGUGAAUUCCGUGCAAGGAGUGACAUGGUUGAGAGGGCCAAGGCAACUGAAAACAUCGAGAUAAUGACGCCCUAUGUCCUUGACCGUGUGUCUGGGACGAAGAAGGUUGAGGAGAUCAGUGUCCGUAAUGUUGAGACGGGAGAAAUGGAGGUUAUUCCGAUGAACGGGGUGUUUUUUGGAAUAGGGCAUGACCCGAACACCUCGUUCCUCAAGAGCAUAAAUGUGGAGCUUGAUCCCAAUGGAUAUGUGGUUGUUAAGGACGAGGUGUGCACGAGCAUUCCCGGGCUCUUUGCUGCUGGGGAUGUUUGCGAUAGGAAGUAUCGGCAAGCGGUGACUGCAGCUGCUUCUGGUGCGAUUUCUGGGAUGAAGGCAGUGGAGUUCUUGGAUAAGAAAUAA